AGGCGGCGCUGGCGCAGUGGCGGCAGUACCACGAGACCGAGCGGCACUGGGCGCUGCGGCGCCGCUUCAUCCUGCGCCACCUGCGGAGCUACCCGGGCGCCGCCAUCGACCAGCUGCUGGCGCUGUCCGUGCUGUGGGCCAACCACGUCUUCCUGGGCUGCAGGUAUGGCGCACAGGUCAUGGAGAAAGUCCUCAAGAUGGCCGAAGGCAUUGAUAUUGGGGAAUUGCCAUCAUUCGAGUUGGUGCCUAGUGCCAAGGCACGGAAGCGACCCUGUUCUCUACCUUCUGCAAAUUCUGCACCUUCCAGUCCAGAGCCUCCCAAAAAAGUUCUCCCCAGGUUCCGUGUGAGACCUCGUUUUGAACCCAUAUACUUUGUAGCCAGUAAUGAGAAAGUUGGAGGAAAGGAAGAUCCUUCAGACAACCAAACACAGGAAUCCGACAAGGAUACAGAUGCACACAGCGCAUCACAGCCAGCAGAAAACUGUACCAACCUGGCUUUCAACAUCUUCAGUGCUCUAGAAGAAGAUCCCCAGUCCUCUAACUCAGUGGGUUUAGGCUAUGGAAGUAGCCAGGCGACAGGUACCAGUAAGAUUUUAAACAGUAUGGACACUACCUUCAGUGAUGCUACACAACUGUCAACCUCCCCCUUAGCUGCUCAGACUUCCUCUGAAACUUUCUCCCCAUCAGUUGUAGCACUGAAGCAGAAUUUUAUUGAUAAACUCUCAGCUGCUAUUUGGAAAAAUCUUGCUAACCCAGAUGCAAACAUUGGGACUGAUAAAAUUAAUUAUACUUAUCUGUUGACUCGCUCAAUUCAGGCCUGUAAGACAAAUCCUGAAUAUAUUUAUGUUCCUUUAAAAGAAAUUGCUCCUGCUGAUCUCCCAAAAAGUAAGAAGCUUCUCACAGAUGGCUUUGCUUGCGAAGUGAGAUGCCUCAAUGUCUACUUAACCACUGGUUACGCUGGCAGCAAAAAUGGAUCUAGGGAUCGCGCCACAGAAAAGGCAGUCAAGCUGUUGCAAAAGACUGUUGAAGUGAGAGUUAUUCAGCGGAAGUUCAAACAUAGCUAUCAGGAGGACUUAGUCGUGUGUGAGGUUGAUGCAUCUCCCCCAGAAUUCCCUCCUGCUCUCAAACCAUACGAUGAAUUUGUAGCUGCCAACCGAGAUUGUGUACCUAUUCAGCCUGGCUCUGAGUUUGUGAAAAGUGGUUCUAACUCAAACAAGCACUGGACCAGCUUUGUCCUCAUAGAAAAUGCCAGUGAUGCGAUCGGGAUACUGAACAACUCAGCUUCAUUUAACAAAAUGUCGAUGGAAUACAAGUAUGACCAGAUGCCCAACCGCUCGUGGCGCUGUCGAGUGUAUUUACAAGACCAUUGCUUGGCAGAGGGGUAUGGCACUAAGAAAACCAGCAAACAUGCCGCAGCAGAUGAAGCUUUGAAAAUUCUUCAGAAGACCCAGUCCAAUGUGACAGCUAUCAAAACCACCCAGGUUCAGAAAGUGGGCUGUUCAUCCAGGGGUGGCAAGAAGAAGGACUUGAAGGAGCUGGUCAUCUAUGAGAACUCUAACAAUCCCGUGUGUACACUUAACGACACCGCCCAGUUCAACAAGAUGACUGUGGAGUAUGUCUUCGAAAGGAUGACGGGCAUGCGGUGGAAGUGCAAGGUGAUGCUAGAAAAUGAAUUCAUUGCUGAAGCCAUCGGCGUUAAGAAAUCUGUGAAGCACGAGGCAGCAGAGGAAGCUGUGAAAAUACUCAAAAAGACGCAGCCCACUGUUGUCAACAACCUGAAGAAAGGCACCAUCGAAGAUGUCAUCUCAAGAAAUGAGAUCCAGGGCCGCUCAGCAGAAGAGGCCUUCAAACAGAAGAUAAAAGAAGAUAACAUUGGGAAUCAGAUUCUAAGAAAAAUGGGCUGGACGGGUGGUGGGCUUGGGAAAGACGGUGAAGGGAUCCGAGAGCCUAUUUCAGUGAAGGAGCAGUUUAAAAGGGAAGGACUUGGCCUUGAUGUGGAAAGGGUGAACAAAAUUGCCAAGAGAGAUAUCGAGCAGAUCAUCCGAAAUUACGCUCGCUCAGAGAGUAACGUUGACUUGACGUUCUCGACAGAACUUAACAAUGAUGAACGGAAGCAAAUACAUCAAAUUGCCCAAAAAUAUGGGCUUAAAAGUAAAUCGCACGGGCAGGGUCAUGAUAGAUACUUGGUGGUAAGCAGAAAGAGGCGCAAGGAAGACUUAUUAGACCAACUGAAGCAAGAGGGCCAAGUUGGGCAUUAUGAGCUUAUUAUGCCUCAAGCAAACUGAGAUGCAUGGUGCCCAGUUUUACCAGUGAACGCAAAACAAAACUGAUUUCCUAGCUCCUGAAUUAGAGAGAGAAAUGCUGCAUUUUCUUGUUGUGGGGCAUAUUCAUGUUGAAAAUGUUCUACAUUGCUGAUUUUAAUUUUGAAAAUGUUAUUAGAAAAUUAGAACCUGCCAAGUUCUGUCCAAUUAUAUUAGCACAACCCAGACGCCAAUAGUUCUGUUCCUGUACGUGUCUUCGGUUCCUCCAUAUUUUAAUAGUUUUGUAAUAGCAAAAAUGCACGUCCAACCACAGCGAAUUUGACACCACUUAAAAUUAUAGCUCCCUUAGUCUUUUUGGACCCAGGAAAUAAGUCUGCCUUUGUUAUUUAAAAACAAACAAACAAAACAAAAAAAGGAAAGAAAAUGCAGUUUGGAGGAAAAAUUAUGUAAAGUUGGUAUUAAUGACAAUAAAAAUACAGUUUUAUUUCUGGAAAAACAGGAUUUACUACUUUUUGUAUGUACAUUUUUGUGUGAUGCUGCAGUUAUUUCAGAGUAUUAUUUAGCAAGGUAAAGUGAUGCGUCCAUCUUGUGUUAUGUGGAGAAACCUCCAAACCAGCUUUUAACAGUAGUUUUAUUAGCAGAGCUCUACUAUAAGUAUUCUGGUCUCCCAAACUCCGAGCUGCUGACUGCACCUUAAUGUUACUUGUAGAUAAUUCCAGAGCAUUUUUGCCUUGAAGCACUGCUUUAUACCUUGGAGAAGCAUGAAAUUACAAGAACCAGGGUGAAUGCAGCCCCCCUGUGUUAGAGAUGCCUAUGUUACUUGUGGAGCAAUGACUAUAUAACUUAUUUUUUACUUAUAUUUAAUAUAAGUUUUUUAACCCUGAGCAAAAUCAGAUUUGUGCCUAAUGAUUUCUUUCCACCCCAUUAAUGUACCCGGGCUUGCAUAUGUCACGAAGAGAUUCACAAGUAAAGUGUUCUUAUGCUGCUUUGCCAUGUGGUUUGAGUGUGGAGUCUAUCCAGGGCCGACAUACCACAGGACUAGGUACUGGGAACAGGCUGGUCUAAAGAACAACUUGUGCAUGUUGCUAUUCACGGGGCAAAACCCUUCUGGCAUUGCUCAGCUCUGGGAAUGUUCCUGGGUAGCACUGCUUGGAAAAUGUGGGGAAAACUAAUAAGAGGGAGAAAAAUCAGUCUUGAACCAGCAAAAAUACAUCUGUACAUGGUGUUUUUUCUGGUGGGUCAGCCACCUGCUGGCUUUCCACCAGCUCAGAUCUCUGCUUCCCUCAGCCCCUUGUAAUAAAUACCAGCCCGUGUGUCA